AAGAUUGUCUAUGGUUCGUUUUUGCUCUAUAUAUAUAUAUGUAUAACUAUCUCGGCUAAAUAUGAGGCUUAUUUUGGAAAAAAUGGUACAGAUUAGUCGCAUACAAAAGUCGUUAUUUUCAUCAAUAGAUAAUUUACCAAAUAAAAAGAUUUGAAAUUUAAUUUUUUGUGCCAUGUAUCAAUUUGGUGAAGAAAUAAGACAUAGAGCGUGUGUUCGAUGCAAAAAAGUAGAUUAUUCAAGAAGUAAAUUUUGUGAGACUUGUCUUUUAAAAAAUCACGAGGAAAAAAAUGGAAUAUGUUUGGAGUGCAAACAAAUAAAUACGGGGAAUAAUUGGUGUAAAACUUGUAAUUCAAAAAGAUUUCAACAAAAUUUUGAUAAUUGGACUAGUGGUAAUGAUGACAUUGAUAAGUUCAUUCAAAAUACUCAGUUAUCGGCAGAAAAUUGUUUUCAAAAGUUAGAAUGGAUACCUUAUGAUAGAUUUAUUAACCCUAAGUAUAUUUCAGAAGGUGGAUUUGGUAAAGUAUAUAGAGCAACUUGGAAAGACGGUUAUAUUUCACACUGGGAUACGCGUAAAAAUCAAUGGGGUAGAUCUAAUGUAAAUAAAUUUGUAGCUCUUAAAAGUUUAAAUAAUUCACAAAAUAUUACAUUGGAAUUUGUUAAUGAGAUUACAUCACAUCUAAAAGUACAUGAUAUUAAAUCACCGGAUGAAGUUAUUAAAUGUUAUGGAAUAUCCCUAGAUCCUAAAACAAAAGAAUAUAUUAUGGUCAUGAAUUAUGCUAAAAUGGGAAAUCUGCAAAAUUUAUUGAACGAUAGAUCAAAAAGAUUGCAUAAAAGUUAUCAAAUAGCUAUAAAAUUGGAUCAGGAUUUUGAUUUGAAUUUGCAAACGUGGAAAUAUAAGCUUGAUAUUUUAUGUGGAAUUUCAAGUGGACUUAAGAAAAUCCAUGGUAAAAGAUUAAUUCAUCGAGAUUUACAUAUUGGAAAUAUAGUAUGUAAUUCUUCACACCCUUGUAUAACGGAUAUGGGAUUAUGUAAACCCGCAAAUUAUCAUGAAUUGGAAAAUGAAAAUAAUAAAUAUGGCGUAUUAUCUUAUUUGGCUCCUGAAAUUUUAAGAGGACAAGAUUAUACCCAAGCUUCUGAUAUUUACAGUUUGGGCAUAAUUAUAUAUGAAGUAAUUUCAGAAUUGCCACCAUAUUAUAAUAUUGCUCAUGACGAAUUAUUAGCAUUAAAUAUCUGUGAAGGAUUAAGACCUGAAUUUAAUAUUAAAGUACCUCAAUUAAUUUUGCAUUUAAUCAAAGGAUGCCUGGAUGCAGAUCCAUCAAAUCGACCGCGAACAUGUAAAAUUUCAAGAACUUUUUUAGCAUGGGCGCAGGAAAUUAAUAGGCAUGCAAUGAGUAGAAAGAAUCAUGUAAUGAAUAUAGAUAAUCAAGCGGAAUUAACUAAAACAGAAUUAAUUGAACAAAUCGAAGAAGUAGAAAAAAUUAAUCGUUCAUCACUUAAUAAUUCAUCCUUGACAAACCAAAUGCAUCCUAAAGCUUUUUAUAAAAGUAGAUCUUUUGAUUUUAAAGAUCUUCCUGAACCAAAGAAUUCCGAUGAUUAUUAUGAAACAUAUGAAAAUAUAUCAAGCAAAAUAUAUUCAGGAAAUACACUGAAGUCAGAAAAUAGCGAUUUAGAAUUGUUAAGAAUUGACAAGUAAUUAAAUAUGAAUCUAGUAAGAUUAUUAUUAAGCCUUCUGACUUUAUAGUAAUU